UUUAAACUUUAGUUCUUUACUUAACGUGGACGUGUGCAGAUUGCUUGGAUCAUUGUGGUGCAACGGUGUUAUAAGUUUCUUUAGUAAAGAUCCUGGCUUAUAAAAUUUUUUAUAUUUAGAAGAAUACUGAAUACUUUAAACGCACAAACACAAUCCGAUCGCUAUGGACACAAUGCAACAGAAAUCCAAUGGUGCAGAAGCAAAUAAAUCUGAAACAACUGAAGAUAAUGCAAAAAAAUCUCUUAAACGUGAAGCCAGUUGGCCAUCGGUAUUAUUUUACAUACAUCUACACAUACUUGGACUCUAUGGUAUAUUUGUAAUGUUUACCAGUGCCUCAUGGCUGACGAUUAUUUUCACUUUCAUUUUGUCUGUAUUGGGUAUUUUGGGAGCUACAGCUGGUUCACAUAGAUUAUGGGCUCAUGGCACUUAUACCGCUUCCACUUCAUUGAAAAUUUUCCUAAUGUUGUGUCAGACAUUAGCGGGUCAGGGUUCCAUUUACAACUGGGUUAGAGCUCAUCGUUUGCAUCAUGAAAAAUUCCGUAAACCAGAAGAUCCCUUCUUCAGCAAUCGUGACUUUAUGUCGGCACAUGUUUAUGCUCAACUUUUAAACUAUCAUCCCGAACAAGAGGCUCUAUUGGAAAAAGUCGACAUGAGUGAUUUGGAAAAGGAUGGUGUAGUAAUGUUUCAAAAAAGAUUCUAUUGGCUUUUAUACUUUGUUAUCCAUGUUUUAAUACCCAUCAACUCGCCACUCGAAUACUGGGGUGACUCAUUGGCCGCCUCCAUUGUGGUCGCCUUUUCAUUGCGUUACAUGAUCGUUCUAAAUCUCUGCUGGCUGGUUAAUUCUGCUCAUUUGGUUUGGGGUUUGGAUAAAAGCUUUAAACCCUCCGAUUCGAAUAGUGUAUUCUUUAUUACCAAAAGCUAUUGGCCCCAAUAUCACUAUAUGCUGCCCAACGAUUAUCAAAGUGGUGAAUAUGGUAAUUAUGCCAAUGGCUUUAUUACCGCCAUGAUACGGGUAUUUGCUGCUUUGGAUUUAGCCAAGGAUUUGCGUACAAUUAGCUCGACGGCUGUGCGUAAUGGUUUGACGGAAGCGGUUGAGACUGGCCGUCCCAUCGUGGAUUGUAUUAAUGAAUUCGCCCGCAAGGAGGAGAAAGAAAUGCCCAAGAAUCAUUUCCUUAAUAGGGAAAAGUUUAUGUAAAGAUGAAUGCAUAAUGUUUGGGUAGCAAAAAUAACUAUCAAAAAUAUUUAUACUUAAAAUUGUCUUAUAAAAAAUGUUCGGCUUAUUUAGAUAAUUUUAUUUUUGAUAAAAUAUUACAUAUAUAAAAAAUAUACAAAAGAAGUUUUAGUUAAAAU